AUGUCUGACCAUGUUGAAAAUGAAAAUGGGAUAACCAGCGCUGAUGACUUGCCAGCGGUUGAAAAAAAUGUACCAUCGUUUCUAUAUUUGGGGGCUACCACCACUAAACAAGCCAGAGCUACCACCACCGAACAAGCCAGACUAAACAAGCCAGAGUUACUACCACUAAACAAGCCAGAGCUACCACCACCGAUCAACCAUUGA